UACAAGAUAACUCUCCUUUCAAUCAUAAUUAUUUGCAUCGCUUUAGCAACCACAGGUGGCAAUCUCCUUGUUAUGAUUUCCUUCAAAAUCGAACCUCAAUUGAGAACAAUCAGCAAUUGUUUUCUACUGAGUUUGGCUGUGGCAGACAUAACAAUUGGACUCUUCUCGAUCCCAUUAUAUUCAAUGUACCUGCUUCUAGGCUAUAACUGGCCACUUGGUCUUUUUGUUUGUGACGUUUGGCUCUCUCUUGACUACACAAUGAGCAACGCUUCCGUGGCCAACUUACUGCUAAUAAGUUUUGACAGGUAUUUUUCGGUUACGAGGCCUCUAACGUACAGAGCUCACAGGACUCCCGUGAAAGCAGGCAUCAUGAUAGCGUUGGCCUGGAUCAUUUCCAUUCUCUUGUGGACGCCGUGGAUCAUGAUAUGGCCGAGAGUUUCUGAAGAGAAAAGAUCAAAGAAUGAUUGCUACAUUGCAUUUUUGGAUAACACAAGUACGGGAGGAAUUGUCCUCACGUUUGUCACAGCCUUCGGAGCCUUUUUUAUACCUGUAUUUGUCAUGUGCAUUUUAUAUUUUAAAAUUUAUCGCGAAACUGAAAAAAGAAAAAAAACUUUUGUGGGCUUGCUAGGUGGCGACCCCGGAACCAAAGACAAGAGCAACGACAGUUAUGAUCGUAAUAAAGAAGACAACUUCAAUAAGGAGAAUAUUUUACAAAACAGAACCAAGCAAAUAAAUCAAACUAAUAAAAUUGACAACAAUGGUCAUAAUCAAAGUUUAAUUAGGCAAAAAUCGAAUGAAAAUGAAACUAAGCCACAAAAAAUUCCAAUUAUUCCCCGGCAUUUAUUUACAAAAAUGCCUAACAAAAUUGUCGCACACGACAAAAUUUCAACAAAUAAAUUCGGAACAAUCUCCAGCCAAACACGCAAGAAGCGGACAGGUCAAGAUCAAAAAGCUGCAAAAACGUUAAGCGCCAUCUUGUUGGCGUUCAUCAUCACGUGGACUCCUUACAACAUAUUUGUCCUCGUUCAAGCUUUCUUCCCGUGUGCUAUACAUCCAACAUUAUAUGCCGUUGGUUAUUGGCUGUGUUACUUGAACAGCACAAUCAACCCAGUCUGCUACGCCUUGUGCAACGAACUGUUUCGAUCUUCGUUCUUGAGGAUAUUGAGGUGCCAGUGGAGGAAGACUCGG